GCGAACGCGACCAUUUUGCGGGGGGGAUCGGCGAGCGGCGGCGACCGCGGCGGCGGUGGAGCGGUGACCGGGGGCGGGGGGGCCGCGCAGCCCUCGCAGAGGAGCGGGUGUCUCCCGCGGCGGGGCGCGGGCCGGCGGCGGCAGCGCCUGAGGGGGAAGAGGCGGCUCCGGAGGCGCGGCCUGAGGCGCUGGGCCCAGGGCUCCCGCUCGCUCCGGGGAGGGGACGGGCGACGCCGAGCCCGCACCAGGCGACCGUUUUUUUUCCUCCUUCCCCUCAGCGCUGGGCGGCGUCCCCCGGGCCGGGCCCGAACCGCCGGGGAAAAUGUCCAGGCCUGUCAGGAACAGGAAGGUGGUCGAUUACUCCCAGUUUCAGGAAUCAGAUGAUGCUGAUGAAGAUUAUGGAAGAGAUUCAGGCCCCCCAUCCAAGAAAAUCCGUUCGUCUCCCCGGGAGGCUAAAAAUAAGAGGCGAUCUGGGAAGAAUUCUCAGGAGGACAGUGAGGAUUCAGAAGAAAAAGAUGUGAAGACUAAGAAAGAUGAUUCACACUCGGCAGAUGAAGAUUUUGGCAGUGAAGAUGACGACUUAGGAGCAGAUGAUGGCAAAGCUGACAGUGACUAUGAGAGCUCUCAAAAAAGCAAAAAAGGAAAAAAGGCUAAACCAGAGAAGAAUAAGAGAGCAGCCUCCAAAUCCAGGAAAAGGCCUGCAGAGGACAGUGAGGACGAGAAAGAAGACCAUAAAAACGUGCGUCAGCAACGACAGGCAGCAUCCAAAGCAGCUUCUAAACAACGAGAGAUGCUUAUGGAUGAUGUGGGUAGUGAGGAGGAAGAACAAGAGGAUGAUGAGGCACAAUUCCAGGAGAAUUCAGGAAGCGAUGAAGACUUCCUCAUGGAAGAUGAUGAUGAUAGUGACUAUGGCAGUUCAAAAAAGAAAAACAAAAAGGUCUCCAAGAAAUCCAAACCUGAGAGGAAAGAAAAGAAAAUGCCGAAGCCCAGGCUAAAGGCCACAGUGACCCCCAGUCCAGUGAAAGGCAAAGGGAAGGCAGGCCGCCCCACAGCUUCCAAGGCAACAAAAGAAAAGACCCCAUCCCCCAAAGAAGAGGAUGAAGAGCCUGAAAGUCCCCCAGAAAAGAAAAAAUCAGCCAGCCCUCCACCAGAGAAGUCAGGGGAUGAGGGAUCUGAAGAUGAAGCACCCUCUGGUGAAGAUUAAAUGGCAGUUGAGGAAAUCUUUGUUUAAAAAAAAAAAAAGAAAAAAAAGAAAAAGGAAAAGAAAACAUACUUAGGGGUAGAACACGGUUUUGGCUGUGGCUUGACUCAUGGGCUUUGAAUGCUGUCUUUACUUUCAGCUGUUUAAUACAGUGUAUCCUUUUUUUAAUAAGAGGAAACCCUUAUACAGUAAUAUUUUGAAGUCAAUGUUCUCUGUUGGCCAUUCCGUUCUCCCUCCCCCACCAAAUCUGAAAGCCAUUUGAGACAAAUUAACAGACCAUUUAAAUAUAUAUUUUUUUCAAGGGAUACUGCAGUUGUGAAGCAAUAAGGUUUGAGACUGAUACGUGGAAACCAUACUUACAAAUCGUUAAGUAGAAUAGAUUUCCCAGUGCUGGUAAGAGUUCCUUAAAACUAUUCUGUAUUUGAUUAUGUGAAAAAAAUGAACCUAUGCUUUAACAGACUUCUGUUGAUACAAGUUCACUCUCAGAAAAAAUGUAGUUGAUACGAAUUCCAGUUGAGGAAGAGGAAACAUGGGGAGGAAACCUGUGUUUCUUGGAUUCAGGCACGUUUUUCAUGGAAAGCAAUCAAGAGACUUGUAGAUGGUCCACUGUCUUUUAUUUAGAAAAGACCCUCCAAUUAGGAUGCGAGAUCUUUUGUCUUUACUGGAUAGAAUACUGUUCUGCUUUAGGCAAAUUGCAGCUCAUCCUGUACAACUCAGAUACACAACCUACAAGCUUCUCACAUCCAUUAACCCUAUUUUAUUUCUUCCAAGGUUGACUGUAGAUGGUCAGAAUAGGGAAGAGAAAUCAAAAACAAUUUUUAAAACUCUGGUUUCCAUUUGAUAUUAUGGAAGAUGUCCCAAGGAAAAAAAAAAAAAUCAAUGGGUAGCAUCAAACUAAAUUCUUUAGCUUUUGGGGCGAGGGAUGUCCUUUUAUAAAUGUGAAGCAAAGGAUUCCUGUAAUGCUCUGGUCAGUCUCGGAUCCCAUGAGUCACGCUUAAGUGUUUCUCUUCUCUCCCUCCAUCUGUCCUCAGAAAGGCUAUGUAGUCAUACCUCUCAGCCUCUCCAGCUACAGUGUUGGACAGCAGACUUCCAUCGAUAGUGAUCAUCGCCACGAUACCACUUCCAUUUCUUCAUCCUUCCAUCCUACAGCGUGGGAGGCUUUUGCUCCCCCAUCGACAUGUCUGCUUCUGACUGUUGGUCAUCAUUCUGCUCCCUAAGCCUGAGAAGUGCUGAAUAGGGACAGUAUUAAAGGAUGAAGCUGGGAGGAAGGGGAGUUUGGAAGCAGUGUAGCAGGGCUAUCAUUUUAUUAAAAAAAGCAGGAUGUCUCUUGAAAUGCAAGACACUUGAGAUGUGUGUGGUGGCAUUUUAAUGUGUUUUUAUGAAAGCAGCCAUAUCCUUUUUUUUUUAACUUCAAUUAAACUUCACAAGCCUUGGUUAUCAAACCCUAAUAUAGAGGUUGCUGCCAUGUUUGUUGGUGGAAAUACUGAAAACUGGACCUGCUGUUUUUCUUUUUUUUUUUUUCUUAAACCCUUUGUGCUUUCUGUAUGUUGCUCACAGUUAUCUUAUAGCUGACAAGCUUUGCAUCUUUUUUUUUUUUUUUUUUUUUUUUUUUUGUCACAGAACUACACAUUUUGUAACCAGCCUCUUGAAGGUAACAUAAGGCAGCUAAUUAGUUGAAUUUCUGGUGCACAUACUACCAGAUUUUUAAUCCUCUUUGGAUUUUAGAGAGCUUUUAGGUGUGAUACACUAAUAUGACCAGAGGAAGGACACUUGGCUGAAUGGCGUAGGGAGCCUGAAGAUGUUGAGCACAGUGUGGAACCUAAAAUGUGGAACGGAAUAUUAAUAUAACAGCCGAGUGAUUGUCUUGUGUGAUUCAUAGCCAUGAAUUUUAUUGAGGCUGGUAAAUUACUUUACCUUGGCUUAUAAUAAGUUCUCUUAACAUUCUUUACUAUAAUGAAACUACUGUUGCCGUUACAAUAAAGAUGAUCGGUGUUUCCAUUGUAAA